ACCUCAAAAAUACGUCACUCGCAGUUCAGAGUUGAAAGUCAAGGAAAGCAGCAGCAUGGCGGCUUUAGUGAGGUGCAGAGUGCUGUUUCAGUCUUUCCGAUGUCAAACAAGCAUUAUCAACGGAGUGUGCAGAUCGGACAAUGUUUUGCAUACAUUUCUAAACAAGAGGUCGCAUUGUGUGCGUCCCGCUUUCAACGGAGGUGUCCGACUGUACAGCUCCGAUGUUAAUUCUGGAGAUGACCUUAUCGUUAGAUACCUGGACGGUGAUGACUCAGGUAUUGUUGUUUUGGGGAUUAAUCGCCCUAAAUCUAAAAAUGCCAUCAGCAAAAAUCUUGUUAUGGUGAUGUCUGAAGCCGUAGAGUCAUUGAAGAAAAACAACAAAGUGCGUACUGUAAUUUUAUGCAGUAUGGUGCCUGGAAUAUUCUGUGCAGGUGCAGACUUAAAAGAAAGAGCAAAGAUGCACCAGAGUGAAGUAGGACCUUUUGUUACUAAAGCAAGGACACUUAUAACAGAACUUGGUACUCUUCCCAUGCCAACGAUUGCAGCUAUAGAUGGGGCAGCUCUUGGAGGGGGUCUUGAAAUGGCUCUUGCCUGUGACAUCAGAGUGGCAGCCACCUCUGCUAAGAUGGGACUAGUUGAAACUAAAUUAGCCAUCAUUCCAGGUGCUGGGGGAACUCAGCGUCUGCCCCGAACUGUAGGAGUGUCCAUAGCUAAAGAGCUGAUAUUCGCGGCGCGGGUGCUGAGUGGUGAUGAGGCCAAGAGUCUUGGCCUAGUCAAUCAUGCUGUGGAGCAAAAUCAGAGUGGAGAUGCUGCGUAUUUGCGAGCUCUGGAUCUGGCCCGUGAAUUCAUCCCUCAGGGGCCAAUUGCAAUUAGAAUGGCGAAGUUAGCAAUCAACCAGGGAAUAGAGGUGGAUUUAAAGACAGGGUUAGCCAUUGAAGAGGCAUGUUAUGCUCAGGUGAUCCCAACCAAAGACAGACUGGAAGGUUUGCUGGCGUUCAAAGAAAAACGUCCUCCUUGCUAUAAGGGCGAGUAACACCGGCCUAACGAACCCAAUUACAAGCAGAUGCCUUCCAAAUUGCCUUUCAGUGUUGUUGUAAAGAAUGUUGCAUACCUGAAAUAUUUGGAGCACUGCCAGGGGCCCGAUGAUGGUCAAACCUGUAGGGAUUUCAGCUGAAAUGUUUGAAGAGCAAGUUUGAAAGAUGAAAACUAUUCCUCUGUUUGUGGAACAGCUUCUUUUUGCAUGGUAUGUCUUUUGUGAUUUUGAACUGUUUUCCUUUUUAUGUUGUAUGUUUGUUACCUAAUGUAAAGAGACUUUGGAAAUAAGCUAUUGUAUUCCAUUAUAUACUGUAUAUGCAACAAGAGAGUUCAAGGAGCGUGCAGUACUACCCAAACAAAUUCUGGUUUGGUAGGUUGAUUCCAGGAAUCAGCACUGAUAUUAAGCAUUAAAGCUGCUUUCACUUCAAACAUGUGCAUAUAAUUAGUCCAGUCAACGACUACCCAGUUUUUGCCCUAAGGAUAUUGAAUCUCUCUCAAUUUCAAGGUAUAUGUUGUAGUGAAAUGGACACUGUAAGCAAAGCUAUUAGGAAAAAGUACUGAAAUUUGUAAUUUACUAUAUGCAUUAAAGCCUUAAAACUCA